AUUCCUUUUACUUUUCUUUAUUCUUAUAAAUUCUUUCCCCAAAACAAGGAAGAAUCUCAAGCACCCUGUGAGGUGGGGAAAAUAUAAAGAGGAUUAUUCUUUGCUAAUGGCGAAAGGAACCCCAUUGAUUUCUUUGCUUAAGCACGGAGGUAUAUACAAAAGAAUAAAGAGCUUUCCUUUCUUUCAACCUAAUUUUCUUUUCCCUGUUGUUUGUUCUUUUCCCCUCCUUCAAACACAAGAAUAUUCUUUCUUCACGGAGAAAAAAAAUCAAAGAUAUACACAACAUGACUAUGGAAGACUCAGAUUUGAGACCAUAAACACCCACAUUUUUAGCAAAUACAUCUAAUUGCCUCAUCAUCAACAAAAUGUCUGCUGAUCAUUUGCAGUUCUUGAAGAACAAGUUCAUUCUGGACUUGGAAGACGCGGAGGAGGAACACUCCGGGGAAAAUGAGAUCCCCCUUCUCGCUCAUUUUCUACAGAUUAGAGAUGUCUUGAAAGCAAAGGACAUCACGGCAUCUACACCCAUCAGAUUGAAGAAUUGUCUAUACAACGCCAUCAGCGCAUUAGAAGAGUGCGUGGUGUUGUCGGAGAAGCGUGAGCCCCGAAAGAAGAAGGAUGGUCCGAUGCAUGGAUAUACUCUGGCGGAGCAUUGGCUUUUAUGCAAAACCAGAAGGUUGUUGGUUCAAAUAUCGAGAAGGCUAACUGCUACAGCUGAUGCGGUUAUUCCUGGUAUGACCGACAUGGCCGUAAGUUCAUCCUCCGCCUCCUUACCACUUAUUCCAAGACCAAACCCUGAGAAUUUUUAUCCCAACCAUUUUCGAAGUUUUUAUGGACAAAGAAAUGAAAUUAUUGAUCGACUUGAUUUUGGGAAAGGAUUUCAGGAAAUUGGAAUCGUGGGGAUUGGGGGCUCGGGUAAAACCACUCUGGCCCAAUUGGUUUUUACUAAAAUCGAUGGGUAUCUACGGGAUAACAGAAUUUGGAUCUGCUUAUUCCCGAAACUGAGUGGAGAUGUGGACUUCAAGGAGAUGAUAAAAGACAUGUUGAAGCAGUGCGGGGCAGCAUCUCGGGAAGUAGAAGUAGAAGAGCUGUUGGAGAAUCUUGGGAAAGCUUUGAAGGGUAAAAGGUAUUUGAUGGUGUUGGACGGCAUCUGGGACAUCAACAUCCACUGGUAUUUCAAGUUAAAGGAAAAGUUGAAGUCUGUAAGGGGUGAUGGGCAUGUCAUCAUCACCAGCCGACUACCCCACAAAGCAAGAAUGAUGGUGGGCCCUCACAAUCUGUAUCACAUACAGCCUCCCAUGGGCCACAUGGCGCGAUUCGAAGAAAUAUUGGGUAGGCUUGAAAGGUAUAAGUUGAAAUUGAAGGAUGAGGCUGCAGAGCAAUGUGAUGGCCUCCCAUUAGCAAUGCACACAUUGGCACCAGUGAUUGAAGACCGGAUCCUGGGAAAAGUCGACCCGAUCAUGGGAUAUAGGAAUUUACUUUUUAGUGGAACUGAUCAGAUGGUGUUGGUCAACCUUGAAGAUGAUGCUAUAUUGGGAAAUGAGCUUUUGUUAUCAUGGCGUGGCACCUCAUAUAAUGAAGAAUGGGUGAUCGAUGUAUCAAAGCUUCUUCUUCAUGAUGUAUUCAACAAAGUCCAUCAAUUUAUUCUAUCAUCUUUAAGGGAAUCAAGAGGUCGGCCCACUAGGAUGAUAAUAGUUUGGAGUGGGGAUGCAAUGGCUAAUCAACUCAUGCAAUUAAUCAUGCAAGUAGUCAGAAAUCUCAAACGUGAUUCAAAUCCACCAAUUCUCUUAUUACCUUUGGGAUCAAAAGCUAAUAUUUCGUUUUCACUUGGAUGGGAGAAUCAACCACUAGGAACAUUACCUAAGCAUAUGAUCAAAUUACGUGAAGAGUUGUGGAGCAAACCAAAAAAGGAUAUAGACAGUUGGGGGGUUGUAAUGAAAAUGAAAUCUAUUCUAGAAGGUUUUCCGUUUGAUAGUGCUAUUGAAGAAAACUCGCAACCUAUGGAAGCUGACAAAGAAUUUCAUGUAAUAUUUUGGAACUACUUUAUUAUCGGAUUGGAUAUUGAAGAUUUGUCACAGAAAAAUGAUGGAUGUUGUGGUAGUUGUUCUUUGACGUCUUGGCCAAGGAACAUUGUUCUACCUAUCAGUAUUAAAACUAAAGAUGAACAAGGAGAGUGGAAGGAAAUAAGCAUACCACACAGCACCAGGUCAAUCAUUUGCGUUAACUUGCCUUGCUUUCCAGAUAGACCAAAUGUUAAAAAAAAAUAUAGAAACUUUAAAGAUCCUUUUGUAGAUGAUGGGCUUCUUGAAGUUAUUUUUUUUAAAGAUGCAUGGCAUGGAAAUGAUUUUCUUCCUUCCAAAGAUCGAGGGGAAUGUCUUGUGCAGGUGGAAACAAUCCGCUUUGAGCUUUACAAUAGUGCAGUCAACAAUAUCCAUAUGAGCAUUGACGGGAAUAGAUGGAAACAUCCUCUCCCUAUUGAGGACGACAAUAAGGUGAUUGAGAUCUAUCAUUCAGGAAAAACAAAGGUGUUUGUAAAUUCCAACUCAAGAUGCAAAUUCAAAUCGCCCGAUGAGUGAUAUUGAAUGUCUUCCAAAGAGUUGAGUGGUGUUCUCAGUCCAUGCUAGAACAAUCUAGUUGUAUUACUUUUAUAGUGAGUAAAUAUUUCAUAUAAUUGCUA